AUGUCGAAUACUCCACUGGAAGCGGAGACAAUGAAGGCGAAUUCAGCGGCAACGAAGAUUCAGGCGAACUUCCGCGGCUACCGCGUCCGCAAGCAAUUGAAGGAGAACCGACCGCCGUCGCGGCAGGAGGAAAACGGAAUUCGUGAUAUAACCGGUGGUAAAAAAGCCCUGAAGCGUCAGGACACGAAGAAUUCACUUGAGGAGAAGUCGGCGACGAAAAUUCAGGCCGGAGUCCGCGGAUUUCUCGUCCGCAAGCGGAACCAGGUGGCGCAAGCCGCGGCGACGAGAAUUCAGGCGGGAUUUCGGGGCUUCAGGACGAGGAAACAACUCAAACAAACCGGCCAGUGA